GCUCCCCCUGCCCUUUGCGUACCCUGAGGAAUUCCCACUCUCCUGGAGGCAUCUGAUCACGGGUUAUUGUCAGUGCCGAUCAUUUUGAACGUCCGGGAAACCUCAUCGAGCGCAUACAUUCGCUGGCCAGCAGCGCGCAAGUCUUGGCCCCAGAUGGGCGACACGCGCUCCUCAACGCGUCCGAACGACUCGACAAGCAUGAGUCCAUGGUACGCCACAAGCAGUAGCGGCCCUGUCGUCGACAUGCGAUCCAAGGGCCACAGCGUCCAUAUGAAUAGUGGCACCAGCAACGGACACAACCCGUCUCAUGCAUCCUCGUCGUCCGCGCGAAUAACAAAAGCGGAGAAGCUAAAGGCCAAGAGCCUCGAUAACGAUAACGAUGACGACGAUGACGAAACUGACUUUUUCGACCGAAGACGCAAAAAGAGUCAGCCCGGACCACUUAUCAUCGACGAAGAUGACAUCCAGAAGGCUUCCCGGAUUGAAGAAGCACACAUUGAAAGCGAUGCAGAGAGCAUAGCAUCAUCCAUUUCGUACGAUUCGGACGGCAACGAGCGCAGGCGGAGGAAGCGCAAGCGGAAAAAUGGUAUACAGGACCGGCGCAUCAAUGGAAUGCCCAACUGGAUGUUCAAUCCUGUGGAAAGUGAUGAGGACGUUGGCAAAGACGACAGCGACCUCGAUGGAGUCAUCCAAGUUAUCGACAGCGAUGAGGAAUAUGAGACGACCGAAGCCAAUCGUCGCAAGAGGCUAGAGCGCAGCCCAGAGCUCACACCUCCACCGGAGAUAUCCGAGAUCACGCGAAACAAGACCCGGUCCAUUGUCCAAGCGCAGUUCAAAAAUCUCACCUCACGUGCAAAGCCAGACGGUGACUCUCCCGCGCCACUACCCUCUACAGCCCUGCCGCGCCGGGAUGACCUCUUGACUCUCGAUCCGGACCUGGCAAAGCUCUACCGCGGAGCCGACGCCAAAGAGGUGCGCGCCAGAGCCUUGGCAGCGGAAGCGGCGCGUCAGAAUGCUCAGGCCAAACUCAAUCAGAUGGAAGCGGAUCAGGAGAAUGCGGUCCGUAAGGCCAAAGCACCCCCUUCCAAAAAGGGAAGUAAUGAUGGUGAGGAGUAUGCAAAUGACGACACCGAAGUCAUCGACGUGAACGAAGCCUCUGACAACGAUAGCGUCACAUGGCAGCCAGAUCUCCUUGCCAAAUCCCCAUCCAAGCCGCCCAGAGCUUCAAUGCGCACACCCGGAAAAGCCGAUGCCGCCAAUGCGAUCGAGAUCGACGACGACGACGACGACAGUGAGGGUGACGACGCAAGCGCAAGGGCAGACGCAGCAGCAGCUGAAGAUGAUGCGGACGAUGAGGACCGGCUCGAGCUAUCGCUAAAAGGUCCGAAAGGCGUAGAGAUGAAUGCGAAAGUCAAGCCGACGACUUUGCUGCUCAAAGUUCGCGACCAUUUCGUCAACACCAAGAAGAGUGAGAUUCCUGCUGACAAGCUCCAAGUCAUCAAGCUCCGCUUCGAUGGAGAGAAUCUGAACCUGAAUAAGUCUGUCGAAGAGGCCGAGAUUGAAGACGGGGACAUGAUCGAAGUAGCGUGGUGAUGCCCAAGGCAAGGACUUCCUACUUUAGGGACGCUUGACCGCAUAUACUUGAAUUAGCACAACGCAACUGCGCGCAUGGUUCCGCAUCAAUCAUCACCAUUUAUAUUGUACAUUACAUCCCCCCGACAGGU